AUGCUACGUAUAGUUGACGAUUUCGUCCAGCAGCUGCUGUUCCUGCCUGCCGAGGCUGAGAUCAUUUCCGACUCCGUAUACGCGAAUUCGCAAACCAUGGAUGGCCGUCACUUUGCUGAGGAAUUCAUUCGCCGCCGCAAGCUUGCCGACAAGGGCGUUGUCGAGUCCGUCUCGCCCAGCGUCUUUGGCGAACAGAAGAACGGCGGUGGCUGGAGCGAGGUUGCCAAGAAGGGAUCGACCGUUAGUGCUACCUCCCAGAAUGCCCGCGAGGAAGAAGCUGCUAGCGCCGCGUUCAAGGUCGUCGCGCCCCGCAAGAAGGGCAAGCGGUAA